CUCUUUACACGUCAUCAUCAGGGGCCGGUAGUGAAGCGCGCGGUAUUUUGAAUACAAGGAAAAACAAACAGUCGCGAGCAUUAUUUUCGAUUUUCAAAACGGUAAACUAACUCCUUCAAAGAACCAAAACAUGUCGAAGAAAGCACCGAGAGCAGCCCUAAAGCUCCAUAUGAAGAAGAACACUAAUAUACGGAUAGGAAAAAACGCAGACUUGAUGGCCCAGCUCAACCUCCUGGUUGUCCUGCAUCGUCUAGCGGAGGAGUCCAGGGUGAAGGCCUUUGAGGAGAAAUCAGCAACCAUCAAAGUUCACCACGUCAGAGCUGUUGCAAAGAAACUGUUAAAGAGCACACGUGGAUAACAUGGAUGACGGGAGUUCCCCAUCACAACCCUUUAUUUCUUCACCAGCAUUGACCCCAUGAACUCAAAGUUACUUAGAGACUUCAGAAUGUGUGAGCUACAGUAUAGAGCACACAGUGUAUAUGGCCUGUCAAAGAUGAACAUUUUACUUUUAUUCAUUCCGUAGAACUUUUAGGUGCACAAUGGAAUUUAUGUUGCCUUGUCUCAGCUUUGGGACCAUUAUUAGGCUGUGAUCUGUAAUCAGUUUCUCUUCAUGAUUGUUAAACUUUUGCUUCUAGUUUUGUGUAAAUCAUGUAUGAUGGACAGUAUCUAGCCCAGAUAUCUAAAGCAACACAUGUGUCCCUCAUCUCGUUGGAUCGUAUUAUGACUUAAUACUUGUUAAUAAACAAUUUGUACCACUUAACUUGGGUAACACAUGGUUGAGUAACCGUGCAGUGUUUCUUUCUUCGCUCUGUAAAGCAACAAGAUAUUUGGCUCUCUGCCAUUGACAACACUGGGACCAUUAUCUGUGGCUGCUCAAGAAAACAGGUUUUUAGCAGGAAAGUUCACUCAGAUGAUAUUUCGCUCUCCUGUGUUGACUCAGUAUCAGUUGAAUGUCUUGUAACGAGAUUUCAAAUUAUUUCAAAUUUAAUUACUAAUAUUUGAGUGACCUAUAAGAAAAUACACAAAAUCUGUUUUCCCAGCCCAGGAUACCAUAAAAUCAUCUUAAAAAUGAGAAAAUGAGUGCAAAAUGCAGUUAACAUUUGAAAUCGUAUGUAUAUGCUUUGACAUUUUCAUUACAAGCGCUAAAACAUCUAAAGUAGUUUAAUUGUGAAAUUCACCUACUUGAAGAGGUUUUUUAUAAAAUCUGAAAUAAAUUUUCCUUCCUACCACUGGAUACUGCCUGACAUAUAGUAAUUCUGUAUAGUAAUACUGUGUUUCUGACAUGUAGUACCAUUCAAAAGUUGAGCAUGGUAGGAUUUAUAAAUGUUUUUGAAAGAAGUCUCUUAUGCUCACCAAGGUUGCAUUUAUUUGAUCAAAAAUGCAGUAAAAACAGUAAUAUUGUGAA